AUGAGACGCCGCGAUCUCGGCCCAGAGCAGGAGAAGGAACGGGGGGGGACGUAUGCUGCCUCCUGGACCGUUGCUUCCAAUACCCGCGGCGGAGCGCCCGCGACUGCGGCUGUCAAUUUGCAUUGCUGCAUGCCGCGCCAGACGAACAAAACCAGGGUAGCUAGCGGAGCCCUGCCCGCGGAAGAUGCUGCUACCCAUCCGUCUGAUAUAUUUAUUCAGAGACCUACUGAGGCAUCCAGCGAAACGAAUGUGGUGGCCCUAUUUUCUACCGAGAGCUAUUCAGCAAAGCACAUGCGGUGGUCCCACACGCACACACAGAGCUUGGAGUGUGAGGAGCGAUUGUUGGCUCGAUGCAGUCGUCCUCGAGUCAAUUCGGCAAUUUUCGUGUCAGCCGAGCCUGCAGGCGGUUUCCCAGGCUUCGAUGCUGGCGAAUUUCUAAGACGACACGGGUCUCAGUCGAAACUUUGUCGUAAAGCGAGAUCAGCGGACAACAUACCUUUAACAGCACUAAGUGACUCAUCCGAGAGACUUUGCAAAGGCAAACAUCCAAGAGAGGAUACAAUCAAUGAAGAAGCUAAAUCUGAUGACAGCAUCAGUGGAAGCGUGGAGACUGUCAAACAUUUUGGCUUGCCAAUUCUCUCGGUGUCUGGCCCGUCGCCCCCAGAUGAAGACUACGACCAGAUAGAUGAGUAUCUGUAG